AAGUACUGACCUUAUCGGUAGGCGAGUUGGCAUUCGGCGAGGAAGUGGAGGAGAUUUCAGGAACUCAAUCGCGCAUAGUUCCAGCUUGUAUUAUCCAUAAGCUGUCGGCGCCAUGGCGAAGACAAAAAAGCGUGCGCAAGCGCGCAUCAGCUCGAAGCCCAGUGGGUUCAACCCGGCCGGGCACAGCAUGAACCCGGACCGGGCGUCGGCCAAGGUGGACCUGCGGGGCGCGCCGUUCGCGCGCGACCGCGCCACCAUCAAGCGCCUGCAGAUGUACCGCAACCAGAAGGCCAAACGGGACAAGCACGGCAAGAUACUGCGACCGAUGCCGUUCCAGUCGAAGCUGACGCCGGGCACGGUGGCGCGCGUCGAGCCGAAUCAGCGAUGGUUCGGUAACACGAAGGUCAUCUCCCAGGGCGCGCUGCAGAAGUUCCAGGAGGAGCUGGGCGCGGCCGUCAAGGACCCGUACCAGGUGGUGAUGAAGCAGAACAAGCUGCCCGUCACGCUGCUCGGUGAGCGUGCCAAGACGCAACGCGUCCACCUGCUGGAGACGGAGAGCUUUGACAGUGUGUUUGGACCCAAACGGACGCGCAAGCGGCCCAAGAUCACCACCAGCGACCUGGCCAGCUACGCCGAGCGCGUGUCGGCAACGCAGGACCGGUACGCGCCCGAGAAGGACCGCGACCUCGUGCGCGAGGCGCCUGACGUGCGCGAGGGCCAGCGCGACUGGGUCAUGGGCGCCGGACAGAGCAAGCGCAUCUGGAACGAGCUGUACAAGGUGAUCGAUUCGUCGGAUGUGGUGGUGCAGGUGCUGGACGCCCGCGACCCGAUGGGCACGCGGUCACCCUACGUGGAGAAGUACCUGAAGAAGGACAAAGCGCACAAGCAUCUCAUCUUCGUGCUGAACAAGGUGGACCUUGUGCCGACUUGGGUGACGCAGAAGUGGGUGGCGAUGCUGAGCCAGGAGUACCCGACCAUGGCCUUCCACGCGUCGCUGACCAACUCGUUCGGCAAGGGCGCGCUCAUCAACCUGCUGCGCCAGUUCAGCAAGCUGCACUCUGACAAGAAGCAGAUCAGCGUCGGCUUCAUCGGCUACCCCAACGUGGGCAAGAGCUCCAUCAUCAACACCAUCAAGACGAAGAAGGUGUGUAAGGUAGCGCCGAUCGCCGGCGAGACCAAGGUGUGGCAGUACAUCGCGCUGAUGAAGCGUAUCUACUUGAUCGACUGUCCCGGCGUUGUGUACCCGUCCGGUGAGACGGACACCGAGAAGGUGCUGAAGGGCGUGGUGCGUGUCGAGCUCAUCAGCAGCCCCGAGGACUACAUCCCGGCCGUGCUGGAGCGCGUGCGGCCCGAGUACAUGCGGCGGACGUACGGCGUGGCCGACUGGACCGACUGUGAAGACUUCCUGGAGCGCAUCGCCAAGCGCACCGGCAAGCUGCUCAAGGGCGGGGGCCCGGACGUCAACACCGUCUCCAAGCAGAUCCUGAACGACUUCCAGCGCGGCCGGGUCCCGUACUUCGUGCCGCCGCCCGGCUGCGGCACGGCUCGCGAGGCGGGCGCGGCCGACCCGCGGGCGGAGCAGGCCGGCAGCAGCGCGCAGGCGCAGGCUGAGCAGGCCGGCGCCAGUGGGGAGGCGCAGGCGGCGGACGGCGAGGAGCCCCAGGCGCAGCCGGUGCACGCCGUCAGCCAGGACCUCAGUCGCGUGCGCACUGACCUGGAGUUCGAGGGCGACGACGACCAGCCGCUGCAGCAGGACGAGGAUCUGUACGUGUCGGACGACGAGCCGGACGAGUCCGAGAGCGAGGACGAGAGCGAGCCGCUGCAGGUGGAGCCGCAGCCGGCCACCGCGGGCGCCAGGAGCAAGCGGAAGUCGGGCAAUAAGAGGAAACUCGUCGAGGACGACGGCGAUGGUGCAGAGAAGUCUGCCGACAAGAAAACAGCCAAGCAGAGGCGGAAAGAGGAACGGGAAAAGAAAAGCAAAAAGAUAGGAUCCAAUUUUUACGACGUUGUUAAUGUCAAGAACAAGAACCGAACGAAGCCAAAGGCUUCUAACGUAGUACCAGGAAAGCGAAAUCAGCAGAAGAAAAAAAAGCGAGCCUCCUGAUUGUUUUUUUUUUUUUUUUUUGGUGCGAUGGAUUGAUGGUGACUUGUCAUGUCUUAUGCCUUGAAAUGGGAACGAUUGGGAUAGCAUGCUGCUAGACCCAAAGAAGUGUAAGAUCCUAUUGAUAGGAGGGUGUCUCAAUAUAUGUUAAUGGGCCACGAA